AGCGCAAAGAGGAACGUCAGAGCGUCGAUAAAAAACAAGUAAAAAUUGAUAUAAAACAAGAAAAUAGUCAGGUAAACUGCAAGUGACUUGAUUCGACCGCGUAUUUACGGGAUAUUUGAAUAAUCAACGAUCCAAGAACAGCGGAACUCGUUGUCGACUGUAACGGGUUGCAAAACGCUUUAAAGACAGUAGAGCUGCUGUCAAGGGUAGUUUUUUUUUCUCACAUUAUUUUCAGAUAAUUUCGGGGCGAGAGAUGUUGUUAUUCUGAGAUAAGUGAAUCGUCGUUUUAUACUUUCUGUUGGAUUCUUCAAGAGUCUGGAAAACAUGCUCGAAGAGCCCAUCAGCUCAGUGCAACACCCAACGAUGAGGAGUAGACCACGGCGUCGGUUGACUCGGCGGGAAAAGUGGCCACUUCAGGUCGGCCUGUUUCUCCUCUACGUUUUAAUUCAGACGACAACAUCGGUCUACACGUCCAGUAUGACCGACUCUGCGACUCCGGUUUCUGUUCCUGAUCAGUCGCCGAUCAGCGGAGGCAAAGACCUGCAAGAUGCGACCGCGAUUCGCAAGGACAAGGACUCGCCGACGAGGAAAGCCCUCGCGAAUGACGAAACGAAAACGAUUAGUUCCAAUUCGGUCACUCAGGCUCCCAAGGAGCCUUCUUUGCUUACUGAAAAGACUUUAACCGAGACUCCGAAGGGCAACAAACAGCGUGUUAGCAUCGAAACCACCCCGGAAACCAAACUUGAUUCUAAGGGUGCCGAGAAGGUCAAGACAACUCAGAAUCCAAACACCACGGGAAUGCCAGAGUCGGUUACAACGAUCAUUAACGAGGCUCGUCCGACGUGGAGACCAAGAAGAGAGAAUUGCUCUCCGCCGGCCAUCGAGCAGUUUCCACGUCCGUUGGUCGGGCCCGAGGCCCGUAAGCAUGGUGCACUGAUAAUCGACAUCCUGGUUGCUAUUUACACGUUCCUCGGUCUGGCCAUCGUCUGUGACGAUUACUUCGUUUCCAGUUUGGACAGGAUUUGCGAAGAAUUGCGGCUUUCUCCGGACGUCGCUGGUGCCACCUUCAUGGCUGCCGGAUCCUCCGCUCCCGAGUUGGCGACAGUUGUGAUAGGGGUGUUUUUCGCUAAAGACGACAUAGGGGUGAGCGGGGUGAUUGGCAGCGCCGUGUUCAACAUAAUGUUCGUGAUAUCGGUGUGUGGCCUGUUUUCGGGAACAGUGUCGAAGCUGAACUGGUGGCCACUCUGCAGAGACUGUUUCUUCUACAUGAUCUCGAUCCUUGUCAUGCUUGGCACGAUCUAUAACGAAUCAAUAUCGUGGCCCGAAGCCCUCUUCAUGCUCUUCACGUACGUCGUAUACUGCGUCGUUCUGUCCUUCAACGAGCGCCUCGAGCGUUGGGCUAAAUCCCUUAACCUUCCGUACUUGCCGAAGGACAACGAUCCUGCCGAGGAGAAUGCCCUCGUCAGUUAUCGAUCGCUCCAAGAAGAGCGACUCUCGUACACCGGUCCAAACUCCCCGGUUACGGACCAAGUCAAAAGCGAAGGCAACAUGGCCGGCCUCCAGGACCCUUCCGAUCCAGCCCAUCCAAAGCCGGCUUGUCCAGCCCAGCCGCAGUACUACAAAGCGAAGGAGGCCGACCCCAACGAGAUUUCCCCACUGGUAAGACCGACCGACGGUGGAAAGUGGGGCUUGUUCUCAUGGGGCUUGGUCUACCCGAUCCACUUCAUGUGUCGCGUAACCAUGCCAGACUGCCGGCAGGAGAAGUGGAAGAGGUGGUACCCCUUCACCUUCUGCGUUUCCAUGAUAUGGAUCAGCUUCUACAGCUACUUCAUGGUCUGGAUGAUCACGAUAAUAGGUAGCACGUUGGGCAUACCCGACACGGUGAUGGGGCUUACAUUCGUGGCAGCCGGAGUGAGCGUCCCCGAUGCCCUCUCAUCGUUGGCAGUGAUCAAGGAAGGACUGGGUGACAUGGCAGUGAGUAACGCGGUCGGCAGUAACGUAUUCGACAUUCUGGUCUGCCUUGGGCUUCCUUGGUUCAUUCAGACAGCCAUGAUAGCGCCUGGUUCCCACGUGAACGUGACGAGCAGAGGCCUGACCUACUCGACGGUGUCUCUGCUAUCGACGGUAGUUUUUCUCGUCGUUGUGACUCAUCUCAACGGCUGGAAGCUUGACCGACGAUACGGGGUGUUUCUGAUGGUGUGGUACCUGAUCUUCAUAGCCGUCGCAUCGCUCUACGAGCUAAACGUUUUCGGUCAAAUGAACCCGCCGGUUUGUCCGAGUAAAUUUUAAACCACGGUACCGAAAUCCAUUAUCCGAAAUACCCGUAACACCGAUGGAUCCCUGCGAUACACCAAACAUUCGGACUUCCACGGCACAAGGUUUCUCUCGUUACAUCGAUCCUUGUUCUCUCGCAUAACACUUCCUUGCAUCGUGUAUGGUAAGAAUCUUUCAAACUUUUACUCUUGCACGUAGGUAUGUACCUACACCACGUUAUUUCUUGCUUCGAUAAACUGACGCAUCGUAUACCUAUAUUAUAACGCAUGCAUGAAACAUGCCUGAUACAUUGAUACGAUGUAUCGGAUGAGAACUGUCACAUGCAUUGAAAUUGUAUAUCGAGGAGCAGAAACUAUUCGCCGAAUUUGAAAACUCACGAUUCAAACUCUGUAGCUUAUACUUAACCGACGACCGAUCAAGCGUGGACGACGCAGUGUGUGUAGGACCAAAUUGCAAAAAAAAUAAAAAAAUAAAUAAAUAAACAAAUAAAUAAAACAUUACAAACACACCUUUUUUUUCUUUUUUUUUUCUUUUACUUAUUUUUAAUACAUCUGACGAUGAAGAUAAAUUUUAUUACCAGGCACACGUCAGUUUUGAACUAUUUCAGUCACUUGUAAUCGAAUCAUCCGUUCAUUCAUACCGAUUACAGCCUGUGAAUAUAUAACACAGAUCAUGAGUAUAAUAUACAGUGUCCGUUCAUGAAUUUGCAGACAACGAUCCAGAUGCGUAUAAUGACGGGUUGUGUAAGGAAAAAAAAAACAACACCUAAUAAUAUUUACCAUUCGCGGAUAUUUUAUUACUGCUAACAUAUUUUUGUUCGUCAGAUUAUUACUGUACAGUCGAAUAGUUUAGUUUCACAAUUGCCAUAUUUAAUAACGAUCCAACGAUACAAUCGGUCAACGCGAUUAAAUUUUCAUUAGAUAAAUAAAUUACUACAGUUUUGUACAACCGGUUUGCUUCAAUUUUUUAACCUGCAAUAAAUUGUUUUCUUACAUUAUUUUGCAAAAUUUCUUGUCGCUGUGAUUCUUAGACGGUAUUGAACACCGCUUGAAAUAUUAAAUAUGCAUCUUUGUCUUUGUGUUCGUAUUACGUUCAUAUAAUUAGGUAUGUACGAAUAAUACCAAGAGACGUUCGUGUGACAAUACAUUAAUCAGUAUUAUUAUUAUUGUUAAUAAUUAUUAUUAAAAGCUAUUAUUAUUAUCAUUAAUAUUAUUAUUAUUGUUGUUGUUGUUGUUAUAGAAUUUACGGUAUGCGUGCAGAAUAACCAAUCACCUUAGAUAACUUAUUGUAUGUAUAAUUUUGUUUGUAUGAUACCUACCUAUAAAGUUGACUUAUGAACGGAGAAAGAAAAUAUAACAGAUUAUAACGUAACUUAGCAGCAUGAAGAGUUUUGAGUGAUUCAGAGUCGAGUCAAAGUCAAAUUGAAAAUGGUAAACAGGACAUCGAAGGCGUCACUUACUUACACUAGCUAUAAUAGAACAAAGUCGUAGUUUAGCUCAAUUUAUAAAAAAAAACAUAUAUAUAUGAAAAUGAUAGAUGAAAAAUAAAUAUAUUUUUUUUAAACGUGCAUGAAAAUUUCGUUACCGCAUCUCAAAUAGAAUAUAUCAUUCAAAUAU